CAUAAAAUAUUAUAUUCACAUCUGGCAACGCGAAGGUAAGCGAAGUUCUUUUAUGCCGCUAAAAGCAUUUCGCUUAUUUUUUUGCAGAAUUGUGAAAACAUUUAGAAAUUUUGUAUACAAGCCAAAAUAAAGUGUUUUUUAAUAGUAUUUAGCUUAGCGUUUGUAGUCAAUAAAAAUGUGCUGUGUGUAAAAGUGUAGAGAAAAGGAAAAAUAACGUGAAAAUGGAUGCUGUUGUGUUGCAUUCGGACAUUGCGCGUCUUGUGCUAGGCUAUUUGAAAAGACAAAAGUUGGAAAGUACAUCGCGGCUAUUUUGUAAAACCUCACCACAUCUUAAGCAUGAAUUUACGGUAUAUCGCAGCGGUUUUACGCCACACAGUUUUUGUCCGGAUUUGGAGGAUAUAAUAUGCGAAUAUGUAAAUAUCAAACACAUUGUCGAUCGCUUUGUAUCUUCAUUGACGAGUAAUCAACGUUUUGAACUUUUCGAACUCAAGCUGCCUGAAAAAGUCAAGUUAUUGCUCGAGCGUGUAUUGGCAACAAAUUUGAAAACACAGCAAGGCGAAAAUUCCACGCAUAGUAAAAAUAAUACAAAAAGCAAUUCUACGGCUAGCAGCAGCAUAAAUUCAGAUAAAGAGAAUACAACUAAGAAGCAUCCUAAACAAAAAAGAAAACGUGAUUCAGUAGCGUACUCUUCUGAUGAGCGCGUAAGUCCUUUAUUCUUGAGCAGCAAAAAUAUAAAACGGCGCCGCAUUUUAGAACCAUUUUGUUUCAUAAGUGCGAAACAACAAAAUUUACAACGCCAACGGAAAACUGUGGAAACACCUACGACAGGCGGUGACCAGACGCAGACAGAUGAUGAAAAUGAAGAGGACACUCUUGAUGAAGAUAGUAAUGAGCCGGAAAAUGAAGAUGAAAAUGUGCCGCAUGAUAAUGAAACGGAUUUGUCACUACUGGAAAAGCCGACCAAAGAAUCAACGCCGCGCAGCAAAUCGGCUAAUGGAAAAUUUUCAACACCAUCAGUGCCAGAACUUUCGCAAGCAAUAUUGGAUAAUCCGCAAUUUCAAAUGAAAUUAGUAGAUAAUAUUAAUCAAGCGCUUAAUAACUCGAAAUGCAGUGAAACUCAAGCAGAAGUAAGCAAUGUCAAGGCGUCCACUUCAAAGUUAUCAGCUAAUGACAAUAAUCUCUCGGAAGAGCAGCAAAUUAUCACAUCCAAUGAAAUGUUGGAUCAAAUGGUCAAAGACAUUUUGAAGGCUACUGAGCAGGACCCGACUUUCGAUGCAAUUGUCGAAAAUGUUGUUGGUGCAUCCAUACAGCCGACAAAUGCCUCAGCAGGCGUACAAUGUAAUAUCGAUGCGGCAUCAGCAGCACCACAACAACUUAUUAGUGUGCCGGCUGUGUACGAGCAACAAGAACAGCAACAACAACAACAAUUUGCAUUUGUGCAACAACAUCAACAACAACAAUUAACUCUACCAACAUUAUCGACAAUAUCACAACAACCAACAGAUUCGAGUACAGCUCCACGUACACCCCUAAUAAUACGUACGGCUAUAUCGGCAUCGAAUACUUCACAGAAUGGCGGUGCUGGCGAUGCGCAAAUUCUUUCGACGCUCACAGCAAAUAAUUCGUUCGGUUCCUUGAUCGAUCCGAACUUUUCGCUAUCAAAGUUGAUCGUAUUAAAUUCGAAUGAUAGUGCACAAAAGCAAGCAACGGCUGGUGAACAAAUCAUUGGAAAUGUCACUGCUGACAAUUUAAUCAAUCAUUUAUCUAAUGUCGGCGAUGCGGCCGGGGACGAGCAGGUAUGCAUUUUCGAAAGCCAAAUAUUAAACAAAAAAAAUCUCACUGUUCUAUCAACAUUUCAGCAUGUUUUCAUCGACAACAAUACCGGUCAAUUUUUACUUCUUGCCGACGAGGGUAUAUUGGCGAAUUUUCCAUUUCUUCUCAACGGUGAAGCUGCCGCAGGCCAACAGCCACAAAACACAGUUAUGGUGUCCAGUGCACAGAAAGUAAAUGCGACCGAAGAAACCCAAAUCGAAGGUAGAAUAGAGCCGUGCACCGCAUGUAAAAAACCACAAGACGGUGCAAUUCCCAGCUCGCUGCAAUCACGUACAACUGUAGAAAGUGAGACGCCCAGUGGAAGUGGUAUAGUGAAUAUGAAAGCCUUUAAAAGCUUGUCGACACCACGCAAACGCACCUCGCAUGUGCGCACAUUAUCAUUCUCACCGAAGAUAACGGUUGGUAGUCCAGCAGAGCAGAAAUCUAGCUUGCGUCCUAAUGCCAACGCAGAGGAGUGCGCUGAGUUGGCCAAUUCAGUUGAUUUAACAGAGCGACCCAUCAUUAAAAAUGUGGAAAUUCUGCCAGCUUUAGGCGGACCCAUCGAAGCGAGCGCAAAUGAAAGCAGCAAUAGUUGUAGCGUGCCGCCCUUAUUCGUCACCGAGGAAAGUAGCAAUCAGACUGUCAUUAAAACCGAAUUAUCACUACGAGAGAUCGCUGUAGCAGAGAAAACGGACAAAAUUCAAAAUAAAAUAAAAUCAGUUGCAAGUGGCCUGCAUGUAGAUACACCGAAACGCAAACAGGUUCGUAAAACAGCGGUACGCGCAUGCAAACGUCAACUUUCGAAAUCCUCAGAUGACUCUGAAAACAAAUCGGAUCCUACAAACGAAUCGGAUCAAAAUGAAGAAUCGGAAAAAAGUGCGCCUGCAAGUGAAUCACAGCCUACAGAGGAGCAGAGUGUAACUAAUUUAAAAGAUGACAAAAUGAUGGAGGAAUGGUUGCGCUUGCGUAAUGUUUCCAAUCGUGAUCUUGACUCACGUUUGCGCCAGAUAAAUGCCGAACAACACGCCAUAUUACCGAAAUCGGUGCGCAGAGAUAAAAAUACGUCGUUGAAACGGCGUAAUUUACGGCGAAAAAAACCGAUAAUCUCUAAGCGCAUGCGCAAAAAGGCGCGGCAGGAGGCCCACAAAAAGGCAAUGCUUGCUGAGCGUGAAGCCGACGCAUCAAUCCUUGAGGAUGAUCCUAAGGAAUUUGUGAAACCCGAUAUAAGAAUCGUGGAAAAAACUAAACACGGCAAGUGUGCAAUCGAGAGCAGGCGCGUAAAUAAAGAUCGCAACAGCAAAGAAUUCAAUAUAAAAAUUCCAACACCACAAAAGGAAAAACGCGAAUCGCUAACAAAAACGAAAGGCGACUGCGUAGAGAGCAUUAGCGCCGACAAAGUUGCAGCAACUGAUGAUACAGUCGAUGGUACAGCAAACGCAGAGCCUGCAGCGCAAACUGCCGACCACGCAACCGUGCAUGCGUCGGAAGAGCACAAAGAGCAGGAGCGCGAUCGUCGUACAGCAAAUAUUGCUUGCCUACUAGAUACACCUUUUAAAGCGCCAACGUUAAUGGAUGAAAUCCCGCCAACACCGGGUAAACCGGUGCACUCCCUAGACACGCCUGCGGCCAAGCUACGCUCUGUUGAUGAUGAUAUGCAACUUUCGUCGUCAUAUCUCUUUGGUUCGCUGACAAAAAGCGAAUUAAAUACACCACAACUGAGUGCAAUAACGCCCGGUUUGCGCUUUACACCAUACGGCUCCAGUCGCGAUGUGACACCACGCAGUGCAACAGCACCAACGGAUUAUUCCUCUGGUGGUUCGUACUAUAAGCCUGAUGAAUCGGAAGAUUUAGAUCGCAAUUUUGAGAAAAUUUUAAAAGACUCAGCACAAAAGCAACGGCAGGCAGAGGAGGAGAGAGUAAAACUGCUGGAACAGCAUUUAAAUGCAGAGGAGGUAAAAAGUGCGCUCUUUGAGGAACCAAGACCAACACUGGUUGACGGUACAGAGCAAGCGAAAGCGGUAGCAGAGGAAAUAUGUGUUGAAAUACCAGCUGAGAAAUUGCGAGUGGAACCAAUAGUAUUGAAACGCGUUAAAUCAUUUGGCGCCGAAGGCACAGAGCAUACCGAAACGACCUCAAACAUCGAUCCACACUAUACGCUCGUUUCCGAAUUGCCUGAAAUUUGCGCCGAAGGAGAGUCGUCCGAUUCCUCCAGCACAAUUUCUACGUCGUCCUCAUCAUCAACGAACAGUACAACAAGCAGCUCGAGUUCUUCAUCGAAUUCCAGUACCACAACGGACGAGGAGCAGGCAGCAAAGCAUGAAAAAGAAACACCGAAAAAAACUGCUGACAUGUCCCUAUCACUAGAUAAUCUCUCUACUAUAAGUAGCACAGAGGAUGAAGAAUGGCAGAAGUUGGCUGUCACAGAGGAAGAGAACUCACAGUUGGUAAGCAAUGAUGGUGAAGUACGUUACCCGGUACGUAGUUGGCUGACACCGAGUAAAGUCGAUUCGCAAGCAGUCGUCGAGACACACGAGCAAGCGCCAGCGACGACGAUUAAGUUAACUGUACCAGUGAAAUCAGCCGAGAAAAAGAAUCGUUUGGAGGAUGACCUACAACAAAAACGUGAACGCAUGAUGGAGAAGCUGAAGCAAGAUGCCAAACAGCGACGCGUUAAACAACCGUUAGCUACAGCGGCACAAGCAUUUGAGAAGAGCGCAGCGCUCAUUGCGAGCCGCAAGCUUACGGCGAUGAGGGAAAAAGCAAAGAUUCUACCGGCGAAAGCGACAAUGCUGCCAACUAAUUUAGAGGCAAGUCAAACCAAAAUAGCGGUGGAAGUACAGGAGAAACGUACAAUGGAAGUAUUGACAGCACUGCAGCUCUCCGCCAAGAAACAAGUUCACCAGCAAACGGAUAUUGACGCUGGCAAAGUGCCAGUGCGCAAACCGACCGCGGUGCCACCAAUGGCCUCGCUGGACGACAAUGCAACAACUACGCUCUUCACACAAGCGCCGACUACAGCUGCGUACGAGUUGACGGAGAAAACCGAACGCCUACCCUUAAAGACGCUCAUUUCGAAAGUGAAGGCCAAACAAAGACAGUGUGUAAAAAUUGAGGCGCUGCCAUCUUUGAAACGGACAUGUACAACAAGUGUGGGACGCAAGAAAAUUGUGCGCAAACCGCUUGGCUUCAAGGGCACUAAUGCACCCGAAACUGUUUUCGAGCCUGGCCAGUUGGAGGAAGUCAAAACACCGCAUAAAGCAACGACAAAAAGCGUGGCGGAGAAGGAUGGUAAUGGUGAAAAAGAUGCUGUUGUUAGUCCUGUGCCAAGAAUAAGAAUAAAAACACCGACGGGGUUAACUGCCGACAGACCGAGUACAUUACGUGUUUCGCCCCGUUUGCUUGGCAACAAAAAGAGUAGAUUGAAGGAUGGUAAUGCGUACGACAAAAAAGAUGGCAAAGACGAUGCAUCGGGGGAAACCAUAGAAACCGCCAAACACAAAAAACCACUGAAAGCUGCGUCCAAGUCCAAGGCGGCAACCACGGCUAAAAGGUUGUUAGCGACUGCUUUCAAAAAGUCACCAGUACGCACUAGAAUGACGAAAAAUAAAAAGACAGCGCCGACAGAAGUAUUAGAAGCCAAAUUAACAGUGGAAGAGCAAAAGCAAGACGAGGAUAAGGUUAGAGACGAACAACCGAGUGAGAAGAGCGAUUUGCAAAAGCCUAUAGGACAGGAGAUAUUACCGGUUGAGCAUGCGAAAUCUGAUAAGUCUGACAGUAACGAAAAAACUGAAAAUCCAAAACCCGAAAAGAAAAAAGAUACUGAGAAAAAGGAAAAGGAGUCACAACAGUUGGGUAAACUGACGAAAGCAUCUAAAGCGCCCACGGAAGCGACUAAAAGGAACAAAGAAGUAGAAAAAACUAAACAAACAGCUAUGCCUUCGGCAGCUGAAACGACGUCCGAGAAACCAACGUCGAAAGAUGCAACUGCUACGGCACAGAAAAGAAAACCCAAAGAUAAAAUAGAAACAGCAGCUGCUGCAGAUGAUAAAGAAGACAUGACGAAACAAAAAUCUGCAGCGACAUUCAGCAGCAAAAUUAUAAUUGAUGCGAGCAUAUCGAAUAAAAAUACCAAAACACAAGUAGCUACUCAAGAAUUACAGACACAAAAAGAUACCAAUGGUGAAGGACAAGAAUCAAAUGUUGACAAACUCGAUGUAAAGAUAAAAGAUCAAGCAAUUGCGAAGGACAAUUUGACAAAAGAAAGUGAAGCUGCGGAGAUAGCGCCAAAGGAGGAGUUAGCUCAAGCGGUUCACCAGAGCAAAAUCUUGCCGACAUCAACCACAAAUAUGGAGAGUGAAGCUCUUGACACUGCCGAAACCUCCGAAGAAGAUCCAUUAGAGCAUUGCGAAUUAACGUCUGUUACGGAAGAGGAUCCGGUACGUUUUAUAUCAGUUAUCUAUGACGGACCUGUUGGUGCGCCAGCAAAUCCCUUGCCAAGACGAGAUUUUACAAAUUUUAAAAUGGUCGUCGCCUUCGAUGAGGAGGAGAAACACAUAUGGCGCAUCAGCAACGAAGUGGUAUUGUUCAAUGCAUCGCCCGCAUCGCAACAAAUACGUAACAUUCCGAAGAAACGUAAAGUGCGCAUAAAUACAUGCGACACUGAUAAUGAUAACAUCACCACUGUAGGUGUAGUGCAUAGCACGACAACAACAACAACAGCACAGCAGGCAACCACCUCAACUGUUAGCAGCAGUGAAGAGCGCAAUCAAAAGGAUAAUAGUUCGAAUGAAGCGAAACCAGUGGCAACGUCCACACCCAUAUCUGCGCCAGCCACGAGCAGUACACAAGACCCACGUAGGCGGACGACCAGAAUAACAAGAAAUGCUGUCGCUGGUACGGAAGUGGCGAGUGGUUCAACUGUGUCGGCGCCACCAGCACAAGCAACAACAACGAGUUCUGCUGGUCCUACAGAUAUUCUGGAAAUAGAUGACAUUGAAUCACUCCUCUCGCGUUUGCAUGGGAAAGAAAACUAAUCAAUUUCCAGCUUCGAUUUAACUUAGUUUGUACCAAAAUAUGCUCUAUGUGCACUGGCGUCAUAUAUACAUAUGCAUGUAUAUGUGUAUAUAUUAUAUAUAUAUAUAUGUAAGCAGUAAAGAAUUAGUAUUCGCAAUAAUAGUUAACUCGAUUUAAGUUUUAUUUUUAAGUAUUAUGCAACAAUGCACUUCAAUGGGUUACAUGGGUAUCACGGCUUCAAAAAAAAAUUAUUAUUGUCUUAUUUAAUUUUAUAACAUCUCUAGAAUAUUGUCCUGAAUUCUCAAGUUGAUAGCAGUAGCAGUUUGGAGCUACAUUUUUGAAAAGUUGCGCGCUCGAGGCUUUAAAGUAACUAAAAACGCGUUUUUCUCAAAACUGUGUUUUCAAAGUCGGUUUUAAGAUUGCUCACGAACUACUUGUACUCAACCGAUCUUAAUGAAAUUUUACACAUGUCUUUGAGAUAUAAUUUACAUAGUCUUAAUAUCCAUUUCAAUUAUCUUCUUGCAAUUACAACUAUUUAAAAAACAAAAAAUUUUCAUCAAAAUUUUCAUUUUUUUUUUUGUAAAAACGUCUGCCAAAAAUACAAUUUCAUUUAUUUGUUUUUUUCUCAUCUCAAUACCUAGUUAAUGGUCUAAUGGUUCAAACACGUAUUUUUUUUUUUUUUUGUUGCUUUUGAUGAUCCUGUCAGAAAUUCUGUUGUCAAUGCGGAAGCACCUUUUUUCCGAGGGACUGCCGGCAAUUACGUCGUAAUGACCGAGUUUUGAAUAUUUUCCUUUGAAAAGUUUGAAUAAAAUAUUUUUUUUUUAUAUUUUUAUAUGAAAAAAAUUAUUGAAAAGAGAGCGUUUUUUGCUGGACGAAACUUAUCUAAUCCCUUAAUUUCGAUAUUAUUAUAUAUGUAAGUACGUUCAAGAGGUCCAGCUUGUGAAAGUGUACACGAACAAAUAAGAAAGAAAGCAAAAAUUAUAAAGAAAUACUCGAUUUUAAGUUAUUACUUUCAUGUGUACUCUUAUGGAAUCUUUAAACUUCUUCAAGGAGAUAUUUUUAUUUUAAGUAAAUGUCAAAAACAAACAUCGGAGUACGUAAAAUUACAAAAAAUAAAUGGUUCGGUGCAACUCGUAAAUAGGAA